UGGGUAAGUUUGAGGAAAGAAGAUGGUUCAAUAGAUAUUCGAGAUGAUACAGAGUAAAAUAUUUGGCGCAUUUCACCAGCUGAACUGGUUUAAGAGUGAGUCAGCAGAGUAAACAGUCACAUUUAGCAGGAAAUGAAACUUAAAGUGACUCAGAGCUCCUGCAGCGGCAGCAGAGAUAAGUUUUCUUUCUCCUGAAAACCACGUCAAGUCUUCUGUGGACAGAUAACGGGACCUCUGCACACUACCAGUGAGUACAGUUUUUAAUGAUUUAUGACCAGGAAUUAAACCAGCGUCAGAUAUGGAGGAUACUACCAUAGGAAGAAAAAUACAAAAAGAGAAAAGCAUGUCAGGAUUUUUCAGAGUAGGAUACUAUAAACUCUCCCCUGAAAACUGUUGGUGUUUGAAACAUGAAUGUCUUAUCAGCUGAGGAGGAUUUCUGUGUUUUUGAGCCUUGUCCACAUAUUUGGUGUUAAAGUUAACAGAUCGGUACGGAACAGUCUGGAAAAACUCCAGGAAAUUGCUUCAGCCAACAGUUGGGUAACAGUAAUGUCUGUAACAUCUGCAGGCUUCGACAGUUUGAUCCAAAGAACAGCUCCAAACAGAGGAAGACUUUCAUGUUAGAGAGGAAGAUGCUUUCGUGAAACUAUACAAAGCUCUCUUAAAAGCUCCUGGAGGAGUUUUGCUGAGGUUUAUGAAACAGGCUAAAAUCAGGAUGAACUGUUGUAACACCCUCAUCAUUACUGCAAUAUGGUUUUAUUUCCUGAGAGAAUGAGUGGCUUCCUUCUGAGCUGUUUGAAUCAGCAACAUUUAUUAUUUAGAUUCAGUUUGCUUCACUCCAGGGUAGGGUUGUCACGAUACUAAAAUUUCAAUACCGAUACCCAGGAAAAUACUCUAUACCAUAUUCGAUACCGAGGGGAUAAACCAUGACAAAUACUUUCAAAGGUAUCAAAAAAAAAACAAAAAACAAGACCAUCACUUUUUCACUCAGAACCCAGGUUUCUCCACUGUGUAAAUUGGUUCUUGGUCCUCACAGAUAUACCCUGCUACAACUUGGUUUAUUUUGACAGCUUCAGGAGACUUUGGGUCAUACUUUUUCUGUUUUUCAAAUAGUAGUGAAGGAGUAGGCUGUGGUUUCUAUGGUUUAGUUGCAGGUGGACUUCUCUCUGCUUCAGUCUGCAUCUCUAAGAGAAGAAACCACGUUUGAGUCAUGUUAGCCAGCUCAAGGCUGCUAGCCGUAGGCCCACAGCUAAUGGCAAAUAACAAAACAAACAACAUUGACCGAGCAUAAAGCUAACCGUGGCUACCACAGAUUAAUGCUAGCCACCAGCCAGACUAACGUCAUUAAUUAUUUUAAUACAGUAGGGUAACGAAGCUUUACUAACCAGCUGGAAUUCUUCAUGAAGGCCAGGGUGCUGGUCUUUGAGGUGUUUUGCCAAAUUCGUCAUGCUACUCAACUUUGUUGCCACCACUUUGAACACUGGCCAUACUAAGCAGCAGUAAAAUGUAAGACAGCAAGCGGGGGCUCUCCCGACUGCCGGGCGCUGUCUGCCAGGUAGGCUGUGCUGCUUGCAGAGUGCGCAUGACAGGCGCUGCAGGCUCGCACACCAUAGUAUCAGUACCAUGGCAAAUUAGUAUCGCAUCCAGAUACAGCGUAAGUGUCUACUUAUCAAAAUAUCGUUACAUUUGAAAACCGUACUUCAGAGCUAAACUAGUUGGUGUUCAUUUCAACAAGGUUAUUCCAGUUUUAGUCAAAUACCAUGUGCUGCUGGAAGCAGUCGUUCCCUCUGUACAGAUCAGGGGUGAAGGUCUCACUGGCUCUGCAUGAACCAUGUCAAUGCACUGGAGUAGCUCAGACCAAUCAAACACAAGGAUUAAGUUUUGAUGUCUCUUUGUUUCUAGACAACAUGGCAUCAGCGAUCAGUCUCCUCUCUGAAGACCAGUUCCUGUGCUCCAUCUGUCUGGAUGUCUUCACUGAUCCUGUCACCAUACCAUGUGGACACAACUUCUGCAAGUCCUGCAUCACUGAGCACUGGGACACCAAUGACCAGCAUCAGUGUCCCCUGUGCAAAGAGCAGUAUGAGAAAAUACCACACCUGAGGGUGAACACAUUCAUAUCUGAGAUGGCUGCUCAGUUCAAACAGUCAGUUUCAAGAGAAACCAUCACCUCCACCAUCAGGAGUAGCUCAGAGGAACAACACACCGACCCAGGAGAAGUUCUCUGUGAUUUCUGCACUGACACUAAACUGAGGGCCCUGAAGUCCUGCCUGGAUUGUCUGGUCUCCUACUGCGAGGCUCACCUGGAGCCUCAUCAUAGAAUCCCAGGCCUGAAAAGACACAUGCUGAUCAACCCUGUGAAGAACCUAGAGAGCAGGGUGUGUAAGAAGCACAAUAGACCUCUGGAGCAGUUUUGUAGGACUGACCAGAUCUGUGUGUGUCAGUUCUGUUCAGAGUCAGAACACAAGCUCCAUCACAUUGUUUCCCUUAAAGAAGAAUAUGAAGAGAAGAAAGCAGAGCUUGGAAAGACAGAGGCUGAAGUUCAGAGGAUGAUCCAGGAGAGGGAACUGAAGAUUAAGCAGAUUAAACAGUCUGUGACACUCAGCAGAGAAGAUGCAGACAGAGAGACAGCAAAAAGUGUGGAGGUCUUCACUGCUCUGAUGCAGUCUGUGGAGAGAAGAAUGGCUCAGGUCAUCGACAUGAUCGAUGAGAAGCACAAACAAACAGAGGAACUGGCUGAAGGUCUCAUCAAAGAGCUGGAGGAGGAAAUCUCUGAGCUGAUGAAGAGAAGCACUGAGCUGGAGCAGCUCUCACGCAGUGAGGACCACUUCCAGUUCCUCCAAAACAACUUUACUCUGAAAGUUCCUCCUCCUACCAAACACUGGACAAAGGUCAAAAUUCCUUUCUCCUAUGAUGGGAUCCUGGGUACACCUCUGGCUGAGCUGGAGGAGACACUCAGCAGAGAGAUGAAGGUCCUUUGUGCUGAGGCUGAGUUAAAGAAGUAUAGGCAGUACUCAGUGGAUGUGACUCUUGAUCCUGAAACAGCUCAUCCUAAACUCAUCCUGUCUGCUGAUGGGAAGCAAGUUUAUCACGGGAAUACGAGUCAGUACAUCCGAGACAGCCCAAAGAGAAUAUCCUCGUAUUUUGGGGUGUUGGGGAAGCAGAGUUUCUCCUCCGGCAGGUUUUACUUCGAGGUUCAAGUUAAAGACAAAACCGACUGGGUUUUGGGAGUGGCCAGUGAGUCUAUUCACAGGACAGGCAGCUUUCUCGAAUUUUGGCCUCAGAACGGUUUCUGGACUAUAAGUUUGAAGGAUGGAUACGAGUACAAAGCUCUUGUUAACUUUGGUCCGAUCUAUCUGAGUCUGAAGUCAAAGCCUCAGAAGGUGGGGGUGUUCGUGGAUUAUGAGGCAGGUUUGGUCUCAUUUUAUGAUGUAGAUGCUCCAGCUCUCAUCUACGCUUUUACUGACUGUUACUUCGCAAAGAAAAUCUACCCGAUUCUCAAUCCCAGAAAUAACAACGCUGGUACCAACUCCACCCCUCUGAUCAUCAGUCCAGUCACUCGCACUGAUUAGACCAGAGGUUCCCUAAACAUGCCAAGACCUUUCCUGAUAUAACCAGGCCAUGUAAUUCCCUUUGACUAACAUUCAACACUUAAGUUGAGCUAUGGUUUUAAUGUCUUAAUGUUUUUAACUGCACUUGCUCUCUAUUUAUUUAUAGAAUUAAAUAAACUGUGAUCAUUAGUGCUGCUAAUGGAGGUACACUGCCUGCUUUUUCUCUCCACAUGGAGCAAAGCAUGCUGAUAAUAAUGGAAACCAAAACAUUCUAUAUGCAAAAAUCUAAUCCCCUGAAUUUCUAUCUGAUACCGACCUGUACCAGCUCAGUAUUAGUCUUACUUUGGCAGUAUAAAUACAAAGAGCUGCAUUUAUGUCAGUGUGUCUCUGUAGAAAUUUUAAUAUCUUGAUUUUUGAGGCUGUCAGACUGUUAAAGGAAAAAGGUCAAGAUGUCUUAAACGCUGCAGGUGCACAGUUAAUUCAGCUCCACUGGAGGGCACCAGAGAUAUACAAGAGAGCCUGUCUGUGUUCAUUCCAACAGUCUGUUGCAGGUUUUUUCCCCCUUUCUCUUGUCUAUUUUCAUUUUUUUUAACUUUUUUUUUUCAAUCUAAUUUUACAUGAAUUUUUUUAAAGUACAAACAGAGAAUGACUUAUUAUAACUGAUUGCAGACAAGGCCCGCUACGACAUUUCACACUGAAUUUACUGGCCUUUUUGCAGAGCACUUUUAGGUUUACAAUCAAACAGGGGCCACAUAAGUUCUUACCAAUCUUUGUUCUAUUAUUUUGCCACCUUUACUUACCUUUAUUUCAACUUUUUGUGCAUAUUUCUAAUAUUUUAUAAGUUCUUUAAUGAAGAGUUUUACUCAAUCUGUCCUUUGUUUGGGAAUUUCUUUUUUAUGUAUUUAUGAAUUUCUCAUUUUAUGUAUGUGGAUUUCAAUUUUACUAGUGAUUUAGGAUUCUGUACCUGCGCUUGUACAGAAAACAGCUUUUAUAAGGUUUCAACACUUUCAGGGGAAAAAUGCAAACCUUGAUGUAAAUGGAAGACACGUUUUUAACCUCAGAGGAUAAUAAAUUAGACUAAUAUCAGUGUUGUGCUAGUUGCUGAAAAAUAGUAACUAGUUACAGUUAUUACAGUUACUUUGAAAUAAAAAGUAACUCAGUUAGUAACUCAGAUACUUAAACCAAAAAGUAAUGCAUUACUGAGAAAGUAACUAUUUACAGGGCUCUCAAGUCUCACGCAUUUGGCAUGUGACACACGCAUUCCCACCCGUUCACAUGCUCACAUGCCACACAUUGUAUUUCUCAUGCAUUUUAAUUACCACAGUGAAAUCCACCAAGUUGCACCUCUUUUACAAUGGAACAGGUAGGAAUCAAGUCAGUUCCCUCUGAGAGCUAAAAAGCUGCGUGCCACGCACAAGCUAAUCAAAAAAAGUAUUUGAACCGAACAGCCAAUCAAAAAGUAGCAUUGCUGUAUCCAGGUAGACUUUGAAGACAGACACUUGCUGAAAUGAAGCAGGUUUCAUGUACACGAAAAAUACCCAAUGAUUACAAUAAGUCAGUGACCUACACUUUCAGAGGCCUCAACACCUUAUGGCAUAUAAACUCAUAUGAUAAACUAAAGCCCUAUGCUGUUGCUAUUAUCUGCUGUAUUGACGGAUUUAGCCUCUGUACAGCCAUGUCCAGCCCUUUCCCUCAAAGUCCACCUGUUUUUUUCUGUGGAAAAGACGCAAUUCUCAUAUAUUCUUUUUACAGUUAUGAUACUCAUGACAAUGUAAUGCUGAUGUACCAAAGGAUGAAGUAUCUCCAUGUUUGUGAAACCUACACUUAAGUACAAUUCAUCUAAAUGCUCCACAGCCCCCAUUUCAACAACUCUCCUCCACAACAGGUAACUUUACUACUUUGUUCUCAUAAAUUAAUGACUUUAUUCUCAUAAAUAAUGACUUUUAUCUCAAAGUCAUAUAUUUUUUUUCUUAAUGUGGCCCUUAUACUUACAAAAUAAAAUCUCACUUCAACAUUAGUUCAAAACUUGAGAGCCCUGUAUUGAGUUCCUGUAAAAUGUUCUUCCAUUGCUCCCGUUACAUAAAGGUGGAUUGUUUAAGUUCCCCUCUAGCCGUCAUUUCAGUUCUGUACUGAUGCUGAAUAAAACAAACUGUUGAUUAAAACAACCGUUUCAAUUCAUUGACAUGAUCCACAUCAGUGAAUCUAAUCAUCUAAGCGAUAUGAUCAGUUGCGCACCAACACAAACCUCGACAUUAACACUUAAAUUUGACCAUUGGAAACUGGGAAUAAUAGCCUGAUGGCGCUAAAAAGGAUUCAAAUAAACAAUCAUACCGUGUCCGUCUUUCAAACUCCAACCGUUACUGCAGUUUCGGUGGAGUAGAUAGGUGGGUGGGUGUGUACUCCUGCUGUGACUCUCGGUCUCGGAUGCUGCGUUAGCGUUAGCUAGCUUAGCUGCUAACUUCGUCGAAGCCUCCCGCUCCUCUCGGUGCUUCAAUAGAUUACUCUUGUUCGCCGUAGCGAGGAUUUUUGACCCGGAACACCGUUUUACAUGUCACCGAAUUGUUGUU